GAGGCAUCACUGAACUCGCGUGGCUCUGAAAGCUGUGGCGAGUCGGAGAACAGUUGCUGAGUAGGGAUGCUGAGCUUGGUACUGCACCCCUCAAAGAUGUACAAUUUGAACAGCAUGUGACUGCAGAGCCGGACUAACGACCAGGAACGGAGAGAAGCGGACCAUACAUUCAUUUAAAAUUAGUCUCUAACUCUGGCAGCCAUGGCUAACAGAGGACCCAGCUACGGACUGAGUAGGGAGGUUCAGGAGAAGAUAGACCAGAAGUAUAUUCUGGACCUGGAGGCCAGACUGGUGGACUGGAUCAUCUUGCAGGUUGGGGGGAACAUAGAGCGACCAGAGCCUGGGAGACUGAACUUCCAGAGCUGGCUCAAAGAUGGAACAAUUCUUUGUAGGCUCAUUAACAGCCUAUAUCCCCCUGGUCAAGAGCCCAUAAAGAAGAUCCCAGAGACAAAAAUGGUCUUCAAGCAGAUGGAAAAGAUCUCCCAGUUCCUGCAUGCAGCUGAAGCUUAUGGGCUGAUCACCGGGGACCUUUUCCAGACUGUGGACCUGUGGGAAGGGAAGGAUAUGGCUGCCGUGCAAAGGACCUUGUCGGCUCUAGGCAGUAUGGCACUCACAAAGGAUGAUGGUCAAUAUCGUGGUGAACCUGAUUGGUUUCAUAAGAAAGCUCAGGGAAACCGGCGGGAGUUUUCUGAGGAGCAGCUGCGUCAAGGCCGUAGUCUGAUUGGCAUGCAGAUGGGCGGCAACUCAGGGGCGUCUCAGUCUGGCAUGACAGGGUACGGCAUGCCACGCCAGAUAAUGUAAAAAUGUCACUUGGCUCCCCUAUACGGAUCCAAAGUUGCUCUCUCAUUAGCUCAGGGGCAGCGUGAAGUUUCCCUGAUGAUCUCUCUAUAGGGGCCCUAGAUGUCACUUCAUACUGAAAAUCUGAGCGCUCUAAUGGAGCAUUACAGACAUCCUUCAAAAAAAAACUUUUAUGCGCACAGUGGCUCUACAGCUGCAAUUACACAGGCAGCCCAACUCUGAUAUUUUUUCCACUAAUUGGUAUUUUGACCAAUCACAGAUCUUUUUCCAGAGGUGAUCCAAUUGGUCAAAAUACCAAUUACUGGGGGGAAAAAAGAUCAGAAUUGGGCUGCCUGUUUAAACAGCCUUCACUCAGUUACAUGGUCAGGUGUGUCAUUUCGAUCAGUGCGGAUAUAUGUUGUCUGUGAAUCAGACUGGUGUUCCAAGGUUUCUGUAAACACAGUUGUGACACGACAGCAUGGAACUGUGCCAUUGUCAAAGAAGACAUUUUUGGUUAUUUAGGAGUCAUUGUAAUGAUAGUCACAAUAGUAUUACAUUACAGUAUUCUUUAUUCAGGUAAUUUACAGCACGACUAGUCUUAUUUUUUACUACAGUGUGGAAUGUGAACGCUAUACGGCAAUUUUCUUUCACAUAACUUGGUUGCAUGCUAAUGUUCAGUAUUUAAUGUAUUUUCUGGUUUAAUUUAUAUUACUUAAUGUACACAGAUGUAUGAGUACUGUGUGAAAUGUAUCAUGUUAUAUAUUUACAGAAUUUUCCCCCAAUUGGUUUCAAAAUCCUCUAGGCCUCUAUGGAUUAAAUCCUUCAUGAUGGUUUGGACUGAAAAAUCGCCCCCAUUUGUCCUUUCCUCAAGCGAAUUGCUGCUCCUUGCGACAGGGUAGGUGAAUCUUAGCCAGCUCUCUGUCACAGUCAAGCACCAGAUGGUUCUUUGCUCUCUGGGUUAUGGCAAAUUCUGUAGUUCCAGCCAAUCCUGUGCACAUGUCCUAGUCAUUGAUGACAGUUAACCAUUAAAAAACAUUAACCAUAGACCUGUCAAAUAAGGUUUCAAUUAAAUGUUAGCCAUAUCAGAAGCAACAAAUUUAAUUCCAGAAGUCAAAGAAUACAUCAAGCAAACAUUUGUUUAUUCAAUAAGAGGAAACUAUAUCCAGGUACUAUUAUUAACCACAUAAUGGGACUACAUUUUGUAAUAGGCUGCAUUAAUUAAUUUCAAAAGGAUAACAUAAUGCUGUCAACAGUAACAGCAAAUACUGGAAUGUUAAAACUGGACAGAAACAUUUAUACUAAAAACAGCCAAUCUUCCUCUGGGAAGACUACAGGUGGACAGCAACCCUCUCAAUCAGCUAUGGGCUGUUUAUCUUCAUCCAUCUUUCUCUGAAAAGAAAAUCAGUGGGAUAUUCAAAUGGGGGUAUUAACUCAAUACCAAGAACACCAGCUAAAACAGAUCCCGUGAUGAUUAUUCAAGAUAUUUAUUGUUAAAAAUGUACAUUUGACAGUAAAACCUGAAGAAUGUUGAGAAUGUAUUGUGGGCUCCAAGGUCAACUACAUUUUCUUACCAAUACACCACAAAGUAAAGAUUCAUAAGAAUGACUUGUUACAGUUGAAAAUUACCUUCAGGUUUAGGUAAUGUGCCUCACUGCUACAGUGGACUGAUUUGGCUGUUUUCUCAUUGGUGUAGAAGAUGUUGCACAGCUUGCAGAAGAAUCCAGUCCUUGGCACCAGAUAGUCUAACCCUGCAAAUAAAAGGACAGAAAAAAAACGUUACUUGUUUUUGUCCUCCCUGAUAUCCCAUCACCCAUGAUCAUUAAAAAAAGACAGCCAAACUGAAACAGAAGUCAGUAUCUCUCUAGUCUCUUACCAACUGGGUUGUUGGGUUGAUAAGGACCCAGAGGCUCCUGCUGCUUCUUCUUCUCCUCCUCUCCCUCUGGGACAGCUUCCACACCACUGGUCUCCUCACCCUCAAGGUCCACACAUACCCCCUUCCCAUCAGACACAGGUCGCUGGACAUCCUGGCCAUACAAACACAAUCAUGUCUAUCACAUAUUCAUUCUAUUCAGCCUGAGAUUGCGAGGCCAACACCAAUAAAUCAUUUCACUAUU